AUGAGAUCAAGUAAAAAAGAAUUAAGGUAUACUAAACGAUUAAAAAGAAAGAAGUUAUAUAGAUCUCCGAUAUGUAAAAAGCAUAAAAAUAAACGUAAAUGGUAUACAGUCCAUAAGUCAUUUGAUCCUUUACACAAAGAUUUUUAUCCUAAGAAAUUAGAAAAUGCAGAAGACACAAAACACUGGAAAGUUAUGCCAAAAGACUCUUGCGAAGUUUACAGGGCACGACGGAAACGACAGCAAACAGGAAUGUCUACUAGACCAAGCGAAAAUAUAGAGGAAAACCAAAUUAUUGAUCGGGACGAUUAUUGA